GUUUUGGAAGAGGAGGGGGGAGUCAUAUGAUCACCGCACACAGCCAGAUAAUUUUACAGGUUUUAGAAUUGUUCAUUUUGUCAUUUCGUGGUAUUAUAUUUCCUGAAGUUAAACGCUCUUUCGGGGGGAUCAUCAAUGAAAUGACAUUUUGACAGCACGGCCCAAACGAUUUUUCCAUCUCUUUUUGUUUUGGUGUGUUUUUAAAUCGAAUUUCUUUGGUCUGGUGCUGCUAUUGAAAUUGAUUCUGAAUCUCAAAGCAGGAUUCUUGCUGGCACCAAAGUCGGAAACUUAUCGGAAGUCUUCGUCACACCUCCAAAGACCCUAAAGUGGACCUCGAAAAGUAUUCCCCAGGCACGUUAAAUGAAGAUCAAACUGCCCGUUUCUAUUUGACAUUCAUAAAGCACAAAAUUGAAACGUGUCUUGGUGACGGUCGCGUGUAAUUUGUCCAAACGGACUUGCCGUCCAACUUCCGCUCUUUCCGUGCGUUGUUUGGCUAACCGAAGACACUUGACCGACGUUGCUCGUCCGAGCGUCCCGAGGCAUCGACGCAGUGCGUCCCGCAACUGCUUGACUGGACGAAAACAUUACGAACGAAGUUCCCUAACCUGUCCCGAUAAACUCGUCUCGGUUCACGUCGACGUUUCUCCAGCUAGCUUAGCUUAGCUUAGCUCAGUUUAGCUUAUUUUAGCCCGCCGGUUGCGAAGAAAGGCGGGCGGGCAGGCCUUUGUUUUUGCAACAUAUGGCGAAGCACAUGUCAGGUGUGUGUGUGUGUGUGUCGUAAGUAAUAAUCGCGGCAAAAUGUCUGCAAGCGUCGCAAAAGAAGAGUGCGAGGGGGGCCGUUUGCGGACAAAAAAGGAGAAGGAGCGACAACGUCGAUUACUGGACGCUGGUUUCCAAAAGCCGACAGAUGUGUUGCGCGGAGCAGAUGUCGGCGAAGAUCAUCCCCGUCCCGAGCGGCGGCAGCCGCCGUCCCCUAACGUUAAAGGUGAAGCGGAGGAGAGAGCGCCGCCCCGCGUUAAAGAGGAAGAGCAGGAAGCCGACGUCAGCGCUUUUCCGCUGACCCGUGUCAAUGUCAAGAGUGAAGAGGAUGACGGCGAAGGCCGCCGCGGAGCUUCCCGGGACGACAGCCUCUUGCCUCCGCUGUCGGACAGCGACGACUUAACGUCGCACUCCUCCGAGACGGACGACGACGAGCGCUCGCAAGUUGACAGCCGGAGCAAACGCUGGAAAUGUUCUCAGUGCAAGAAAACCUUCGUUGCCAAGUACACUUUGAAGGUACACAUGCGCAUACACACCGGGGAGAAACCUUUUGCGUGCUCGGUUUGCGGGAAAACCUUCACUCAGAGGGGACAUUUGGGAUCGCACGUAAGAAAACACACCGGGGAGAAACCUUUCGUCUGCUCAUUUUGCGGGAAAAGAUUCUCUGGAAAAGGAAACUUGAGGACGCACACGAGAACACACACUGUGGAAAAACCAUUUGGGUGUUCAGUGUGCGGUAAAAGAUUCUCGAUAAAGGGAAACUUAAGAACGCACACGAGAACUCACACUGGAGAGAAACCUUUUGCCUGCACGGUUUGCGGGAAAAGAUUCUCUCAGAAGCCAAAUUUGAUUACGCACGCAAGAACGCACACUGGGGAGAAACCGUUCACCUGCUUGGUUUGCGGCACUACUUUCUCCACAAAAGACGGCGUCAUCAGACACACAAAAACGCACACCGGGGAGAGACCUUUUCCCUGCUUGAUUUGUGGUAAAAGAUUCUCCCAAAAGCCAAAUUUGGCUGCGCACGAAAGAACCCACGGUGGAGAGAAACACUUUGUGGUAACAGAUUCAAUGUGAACGGAGCCCCCCGCGUCACACUUCUGCGUCUGGGAGUGGGAAUUUGGGCUCCGGCCUUCCUGUGGAGGGUUUGCAUGUUUUUCUCCUGGCAAUACCGCUCGCUGGCUCCCAUAUUAUUUCAAGACUCUAUUGUAUCAUAUCUUUGUACCCCACAAUGGUCCCGUCUCUCGCCUGAUGUCAGCCAGGAUAGGCUCCAGCUCAACCCCCCUUGUGAGGAUAAGCAGUCGAGAAAAUGGGCGGACGGAAGAAGAAACACAAACACUUUUCCUUGCCACUUGGUGGGAACAGAUUUUCCGGUCACGAUCAGAUGGAGGGACGCAAGCAUCCCGCCAAGAAUUGCGGCACUCAACCAAGCUCCCGACAGGCUCACACUGCAGCUCGCUUCUGAAUUUGAUGUCAUCCAUCGAGUUUUUUUUCCAUGUCAUCGUGAACAGCACAAGGCUGGUUUUACAGGCUUUUUUUUUUUUUUCUUCAUAUUUUGAGACAUAUCCAACGGAUUGGAUUUGUAUCACUCAGGUGCGUCAGCGAAAGGUGACAAAUGUCAUCGGAUGAAGGGGCAGCUAGCACAAAAUCACAUUGAAAUGGCCGCAGAUGAGUCCGGACGAGGGUCCAAAUUGACUGCGCGGCGUGAUCUUGCCAUCUGCGUGUCAUUUCACGGACGCAUUCAAUUCAUUUUAGAAGUCUCCUUUGACUUUCUUAAUGUCGACGACCGCACACGAAAAAAAAAAAAAAAUAAUACAAAACUCCCUCACGGACACUCUCAGAAUCGGCUUCAUUGGCCAAGUGCGUAACAACACGCGAGGAAUCGGUGCCGCCCUGGUACGACAUUCCGAACAAAGGAGAAGAGACGUUCUGUUGAAAGGAACGAUUCCCGAACAGAGUCACAGAUGUGCAAGGGUGCGCGGACGGGCCACAUCAUGUCAAGCUUGUACCGAGCGCCGUUAGCCGUUCGCGGCCACGGCGUGCGGUGUAAACAUCGCAAACGACGAAAAGUGUACAGUAGAACCUGUAUGUCAUCAUCAAUAAUAUGGAACAUUUAACAACAACUUUCAAACAGUUGUUCAAUGUCUUCUAUUUGUGUGCUUGUCCCAGCAUUAUGCGAUACAUCAGUCCAGUAUUAUUACAUUUGUGGUCAGAAGUCGACGUCCCCCGAAGACGAGCCCACAAGCUUCACCGUCACUCAAACAAGCAAAACUUGGACAUUUUUGGCGGCGCAUUGCCGCCCGAUGUACUUUUGCCAAUGUUUUUGUGCGCGCCGAUUUUAGUGAGCGCAUUUCGGAGGGCCGAGGGGGACCACCGAGCGUCCAUGUUUUGCUCCUAUUCAAGAAACAAAGCUAUUGUAUGACGCAACUUAGAAGACCGAGGUCUCACUCGGCUCUCCUGCACUCCGCUGACUACAACAGUCAAACAAGGCGGUAGAAGUGGGGCGCUUCGCCACUUCGGGACCUGGACGACUUGCUACGAAAGCACAACUGGUGGUAAAAAAAAAAAAAAUAAAAUGAUUAAAACGCCGCAACGUGACUUUCGAAAGGACCGAAAACGCUCCAGUGUUUCUGGAUUCAAACAAUUCUGCAGGGAAGCUUUAUUGGAAUUUUGACGGAGUACUGUAGAGCAUUGGGAAAUAAACGCCAUCAAAUAUGCAGCAUUGAUCAAGAAAUUGAUUUCACCACAUUUAGUCACGUCUGUCCGGUUUCCAUUUUUAAAGAUUUCAUGUGUUUUUCAACGAUAAUAUGCCGUUCCAAAGGUUUGUGAUUUGAAAGAUUGCCAUCACGUUGGCCCGUAAUUUGUCCGAGUGGAGUUGCCGUACUACCCCGCUUCCAAUGCAGAACUACUGUACUACGAAGUCCGUUUUCAGCUAUUCUUUCCGAAUUAGUACUUUGUGUACUGACGCCUUGACAAACUCCAUCCCAUAAUGACUUCAGUGGGCUGAGAAGUCAUCCGUGAGUCUUCCUUCUGCAGUUCCUACUUUAUGUUUGACCCGUUUGUCGUGUCUGCUCUGAUUCUGGUUCUGAUUCUGCUUAGUGCAGCCACCGUAAAUGUUCACCUAAGCAGCCAGUCGGGCAAGGGCGCAUGUAUGCAUGUAAAUAAACGGGAAU